CUAACUUCAUUAUUGUUAAAAUCACUAUCAGUAAAAUUAACAUUUUGACUCACCUUUUUUUUAAUCUCGUAUUGUGUAGCUUGCGAAGUAUAGUAAUGGCAUCAGCAAUGGACGUGGAUGAUGAAGAAGUCGAAGUUCCAACCUCAAGCAGUUCGAAAGGGGAGAAAAAACGAUUUGAAGUCAAAAAGUGGAAUGCCGUUGCUUUAUGGGCUUGGGAUAUCGUAGUUGAUAAUUGUGCUAUUUGUCGUAACCACAUUAUGGAUUUGUGCAUUGAAUGUCAAGCGAAUCAAGCCUCUGCUACUAGUGAAGAAUGUACUGUAGCAUGGGGAGUGUGUAAUCAUGCAUUUCAUUUUCAUUGUAUUUCGCGUUGGUUAAAAACAAGACAAGUUUGUCCCUUGGACAACAGAGAAUGGGAGUUCCAAAAGUAUGGUCAUUAGUAUGGAUUGAAUCUACGAGGAUGUUUGUUUAAAAAAUAAAACUCUUAUUUAUGUUAAAUCCCAACGUUUUUCUUUUCGAGAUGAGAAUAAAACUCAUUUUAUAAACU